UGUAAAGUUGUACCACAUUUAAACACCCUAUAUUUCUCCAGCACUAAUGGUUUAUAAGUUAAUAUGUAAACCACUGCAGUAUCGGCGUCAAUUUUCACUUGUAUGAAAUAUGAUAUUAAAAAAGACACAACGUUGCUAGAAUCCAACAAGAGAUCUACAGAUUGACAAAAUGGGAUCUACAUGUUCCUGUGACAACUCUCAUGAACCUACAACAGACAUUUUUGUUGACAAGAUAGUGAAGUAUUUGAUGGUUCCAAUCGUUGGCAUUUUAUCCUUGAUCUCAUUGGUGGUAUUGUAUCUCGUGGAUAAAGUCAAGUGUUAUACAACAAGUUCAGGCUCAUGGUCUGGUAUUGAUAUGAACGACUUCUGCUGGAACAACUUCACGGCCUCAGUCGAGAUUCAAACAGGACAUUUUAAACCUGGAUCUUUACUACCUCAUAAAAUAUUCCCUGUUAUAACAUUAUGUGAGGCUUUAUCUAUGGUUUUACCUUUGCUCAUCUGGUCAUGGUGUUUCGGGAAGAACCUGAAGAAUCAAAUUACAGCGGUAAUUGACCAAUCAAAUACACUUACUGACUACUAUCGGAUGUACGAUAAAGGAAUACGACGUCAGACAGUUAAUGAAACAUCGCUUCACAGGGAGCUUGACAAUUUUCUAGAACUUAUAUUGUCUAUCCUUAUGGUAAAAAUGCCAAAAAUUUACAUUUUAUACACGUUAAAGUGGGUUGUUGUUAUUAUUUUUUGUCACGCUUGGAUUAUUGGUCAAGUAUUUUUACUUUAUCCGGAUUUAGUAAUAUUCAAAGAUAACUUUUUAUGUGUUACAACGGUUGGUAAUACGGUUGUGUCUGCACAAUGCAGUAUUCCAACAUCGACAUUUCUAAGAGCAGUUUGGUAUAUAAAUAUAGCCUUUCUAUCACUCGUCUUAUUCUGUACGUUCUUCUGUUUGAUUAUCAUCGGAAAACGGGUGAAAUAUUCCUCAACGUUUUUCUAUAUACAUGUCCCUGGAGCUAUGGAUAGUAGACUAGCUGAUUGCAUCCAAGAAUCAUUCAACACAACAUAUUAUUCUCUACUUUCACGAUUCUGUGAGGAUAACACACAUCUUUGUAGUGAUUCUGGACUUUCACGAUCCUUGUCGAGGAAGUAUGGAGUACCUGAUGGGACAACACCAGGCAAAGAAACAAUCAUGGACAAGCAUUUUCCGGUUCUUCAACCAGAACAGCUUAAGAAAUUUCGACUGACGUGUGAACAAUAUAAAACAAGAAAGCAAGCUCGAGGAAAAGGACGCCAAAAAUCUAAAGUUCGCUUCGCGCAUAGGAAAGAUGAAUCGGAUACAGUUUCUAUGAUAAGCGCCACAGAUUCUGUCAUGAGCAGAAUAAGCAAUCGAUCUAGAAUUGAUAGACCCGCGAGAAGAAACAAGGUACGUCAUUACGAUUCCGAUAUUUACCUUACCCCUCGUUUAAUGACUAGAAAAAUGGUCCAAGAUUUAAAAACUAUAAAACAUUCAUCUCGACUGUCAAGUCUUAACAGUUCUCAACGGACACCAAGAAGCCUAAGCUCGGUGGACAUUGGUAAAUGGACGCCAAGAAGUUCAACUCCAACUCCGAGAAAACAAGACGUACAGGCCAGACGACCGGUUUUAAAAUAUAUGGACGUCAAUCCACAGACCACCGGACAUUAUCCUGUGUUUGCUAGUCGUAACAGAGAAUAUAAUCCUCAUGCCUACAGACUUCAUACUUUGAUAAUGCAGGCAAACGCCAAAAAUAGUACCGCAUGGAAAUAGGUGUACCUAACUUUAAUUUAACUAUGUAAGCCACAGUAGCAAGCUAUA